CACUGGUCCUACAACAAUCAUAGAGCAAGUGAGGGUGCUGCAGGAACCAGAGGGUGAGCCCAGCUGCAUCAGAGUUCAAAGAGGAGCUCGCUAGCCAAGAGACUAAGGGAGAUGUCGGACUGGGCUCCGGUGUUCAUCGGGCUGGUGCUCUUCAUCCUCCUCUCGCCGGGGCUGCUUUUCCAGAUCCCCGGCAAGGGAAGGAUUGUGGAGUUCGGCAACUUCCAGACCAGCGGCCUCUCCAUACUCGUCCACGCCGUCAUCUACUUCGCCCUCAUCGCCAUCCUCAUCCUCGCCGUCGGCGUCCACGUCUACCUCGGCUGA